CAAGCUCCACCUGUCCCCGCCGACUCCUCCCUCAGGGGUGGAGACAAGCAGGGCCCAAAAUGGCGGCUAGCCGCUACAGGCGUUUUCUUAGACUCUGUGAGGAAUGGCCAGUGGACGAGACCAAAAGAGGCCGGGACUUGGGCGCUUAUCUGCGGCAGCGGGUAGCGCAGGCCUUUCGGGAGGGAGAGAACACCCAGGUUUCAGAGCCUGAGGCCUGUGAUCAGAUGUACGAGAGCUUAGCACGGCUCCAUGCAAACUACUACAAACACAAGUACCCUCGCCCCAGAGACACAAGCUUCAGUGGUCUGUCCCUGGAAGAAUACAAACUGAUCCUGUCCACAGAUACCUUGGAAGAGUUUAAGGAGAUGAAUAAAGGCAUGUGGAAGAAACUGCAGGAGAAGUUUGCCCCCAGGGAUCCCGAGGAGCAGCAUAAGGCCUGGGCUCGGGCCUUAACACGCCCACAUACCUAAGCGUAAAGUCGUGGACGUUGCCAUUAUCAAUAAAAUGCCCUGAUUUCCCUUUC